UCGCGCGACUUCAGCUUGCGACACAAGUGAAGCUGUGUCUCGGAACGCAGAUAUGAUUCUGGCUCGCAAUUGGCAUCUAGUCUUCACCUCGAGCCAAUGUAGUCUUCAUAGGGACGCAUGAUUAUCAAAUAUCCUACACUACAUGUCUUCUAGAGCAUCACCACCUUCGGAUUGACCGACAUGACCGACUACUUCAGCGAGUAUUCCUCGUUUGUCGGGAGCAGUUCGCUCCCAAGCCAGCAGGGCACGCCAUACGAAACGCCCUUUGAAACGCUCCCUUCCUACAUACGCUCGAAGCGCUCGAGUCGAGCUACAGCCGGAUCAAGCAGAGAGCAGAGCUCGAGUCCCCCACCGCUUCCUUCUGAUGCGGCGGACUAUGCGGAGAAGACGCGAGAUGGCAGGUACCCAGCGCUGGAUCCGCGACGGCUCACGCCGACUCUACACGCCUCGCUGGUGUCAGAGAUCCUUAGCCUUCGACGUGAGCUGGACUCUAAGAAUCAUCUUGUGGAGAACCUUGAAACGUCACUGUCGACCUCGAGGCUAGAGAACGAAGCACUUGGCGAGCAAUUAUCGCAACAUCAGAAGGAUGUCAGGAAAGCGAAGCAAGAGAUUCAGCAGAUUGAGAAGGGCACCUAUGAUGCUGUGGAGGACCUGGUAAAGGAGCGGGACGCAGCGAGACGAAAUGCUGAAGAGUUGAGGAGUAAGCUCGACGUUGCAACCAAGAGAGCACGAUACCAUGACGAGAAUGCAGAGCGAACGCAGAGCAUUUGGGACACUGAGAAGGAAGACUGGGAGAACGAGCGCCGCCAGUUAGAGCGGAGAAUCCAUGUCACCGAGAAUAGGCUCCGCACGGUGGUGGAUGAGAUGACAACCCAGCAGUUGCUGUCUGAGUCGCAUUUAGGGGAGGGUGUCGAAGAGAGCACUUUCAAAGACAGCGGACUUGGUAACGAAAGCGACACGAACAGCAUCCAGUCAGCGACUCUAAUCAAGCACCGGCGCAACAUGAGUAGCAUCAGCUUCGACGCCAGGAACAACCGGGACUCUGGUUCAACGAGAGAUUCUACAGGUGUUCCAGAACCACACGCGAAGCCCAACGGCUACAGUCUUGCGGACGAACUUGGCAUUGAGGAGGAGGACGAGGAUGAAGUCGAAGAUGUAGAACAUGCGGAUGAUGAGAGAGAGUAUCCGCACUCCAAGCGUCGUUCUGUGGACUCGCGAGCAAGUCUUCGGGCUGGUGAGUAUCAACGCAAAGCGAAGCGUGUAUUGGAGAGAGGACCAGAUAUGCCGGACUCGCCCAGCCACACAAGGAAUGCCAGGUUCAGCUUCACCGACUUGCCGCGGAAGUCUGUCGACACUGCGAUCUUCAUGGACACAGCACCUCGCGCGCCGCAGGAAGAUGCGCUCGCGCAGCACGUGCAAGAGUCGCCGGCGCUGCUUCCGCGUGUUUUGUACGUGGAUACCGGCUACCAACCUUCCCCGCCGCCCUCGCCGGACCGCAAGGCUAUCAAUGGCGAUUACACUGAAGAGUCUCAAAGUGUAUCGUCAAUGACAAACACCAAAGCUCACACGCAUGACGAGGUCACUGGCGCGACAACAGCGCUCGCAAGUCCUGCGAUAGUGACACCUGUCAGUCCUCCGGAAACACCGAUUGUGGACGGCACCUUGUGGCCAUCAGACAGUGGCAAGGCUGUCACUGCCCAUACGUACAAAGCAGCUUCGACGCAGACAGACCUUCCGGAAAUGGAACAAAGGAGGCGCUUCGCAACACAGCGCGACAGCCUCACCGUGCCACCAUUUGUUCCUUCCAUCGCAAUCCAUCCGCCUACAUCCAGGCCUUCGUCACCGAGAGGAUACGUUUUGCCACCAGGAACCAAAAACGCUUCCACGCAAGCAAAUCGGAUCUGGCCUUGCAAGGAUGCUUCUGUACAAACGGCUGAGAUCCGCGUCGAUACAAGACUGCGUCGACUGCCAUCUCACUUGCAUCCGUCUCGUGUCAACAGCUUGCUACCGUCUCCGAAGUUGUUGGAGGCCUUCCAAACCACGCGAACCUCCACGGGCGGUGCUGCUGCGAUCUUCACUGAUGGUCCGUUCGCACCCUCGAUACCUUCACCGCCCGCACGACCUCCUCAAUCUCCUACCGAGUCAAUUCCUGAGACACCCCGCAAUUACAAUGCGAAGGAUGCGCGUAACCUGCCGUUACGAGCAAUUCCUUUAGGCAGACCGGUUCUGGCGCCUGCCCACAACCGUCAUGCUGAGACUAGCGAAGGACCACUAAAUCGCUCAUCGCAGUAUGGUGUCACGCGCCCAUUGCAGAGCAGCAGCCAGCUGGCGGACAUGGACACGGACGCGAGCGAUCUUGAGGAGCUCCCUAGUGAUGUCGAAUCAAAAGACUUAUCAGGAUCCGUCCCCGCCAUCAGUCGAGCACCUCAGGGCCGUUUCGGUCUCUCGCAGCCACCCAAGGUCGUUCCCGAGGACAAAGAGAUUUCCCCAGAUCGCAGACCGGACACCGCUGAUUCUUAUGGCGCGGCUCCAGCUCCGUCCAUUGCUAGCAGCAGGGCCAACUCUCAACGCACACAGUCGAAACCUCCGGCGAAGCUUAAUGCCUACAAGGAUUUCCGAUCUCGUAGCCCCAGCUUUGGCAGUAUGGCAUCAAGCAACAUUAGCUCACAGUCGGCUCUGCCACCUCAACAAAUCCCGAUGCGGACGAGUUCGAGAGCUCCGGCAGCGAAAGCGGCAAGUGACGGUUCGCAGAGUCCGACACCAAACGGAGAAGUAUCAGCUCGUGGGGUGCAGCGCGGUGUACGACCAUCGCACGCUCGACAGAACAGUCUGCGCAAGGUACAGUCAGCGGCGGUCAUCAGACCGAGUGCUCGCGGUGGGAGGACGUCACCCCAGAAGGGCGUGCGAAGGCGCAGACGCUCGCCGGAUCUUACUCCCGUGCAAUCAAUGGCGUUCGACACGCCCGCGCACACCCAGUUUCCAAUCCCGGCACUGCCUAUUCCACUCCUGCAACAGGACAAGUCAAGCUUCGAGAUGUUGAAGGGCUCGGUUGAUCUUACAGGUGCGGUAAGCACGGUGGCGCCCAGCACGCAUGUUGGUUCCUCAGAAGAGACGCAGCUGGUGGACGCCAUCGCGGCGACAAUGGUCGGCGAAUGGAUGUUCAAGUACAUCCGCAAACGAAAAUCCUUCGGAGUCAGCGAUGAAGCGCUUAACGACGUUGGCGGACAAGGCGCAAAUACCAACCACGGCACACGACACAAGCGCUGGGUGUGGCUGUCUCCGUACGAGCGUGCCAUCAUGUGGGAUAACAAGCAGCCUACGUCUGGCCCAGCCUUGCUCGGCAAGAAGGGGCGCAAAUUGACCAUUCAAUCCGUACUGGACGUACCGGACAACGCAGCCUUGCCCAAAAACGCUGAGCUCGACAGCGCUUACAGCCGAUCGAUCCUUGUCCUCACGCCGCAGAGAGCGCUCAAGUUCACGACUGUCUCUCUAGAACGGCACAUCCUCUGGAUGACUGCACUUUCUUUCUUAGCUCAGUCCGGAAGGCUACCAGCGCCGUUCCCACCGUCUCAGGAGUUAGCGCCUCCGCCUCCAGCAGUAAACUACCCACCGUCCAAUGCCGCCAACCGAUCACAAUCACCAUCCUUUGGUAGAGCAACCAUCCGAGAUUCCGUCCGUCUGGCAAAAGGCAGACGUCCAAGCUUGCAUCAGAGCGUUUCCCAACCCGCGGAAAGUGCUCUCGCAAAGUCGGAGGAGCCCACAGACAACGCAGACAGUGCGGAGUUCCCUGCGGUUCCUCGUCUCUAUGUCAGCACAACCAGGCAUCAGCGGAAGCGCAGUAACACUAGCCCAAGGCUACCGGCACCUCUUAACAACCUCCGCAGCGUGUCUUCGAGCGCGAUCGCCUCGUCCACUGCGUCCCGGCGACUGCAUCCAUCAUCGUCGACGACUGGCUCAUACGUGCGCAGUAGUUCAUCGAAGAGCAAUAGCCGUCAAGGCUCAGUCGGCAGCCCUGUGCAAGCCAACUUUUUUGAGGCCUUCGGUACCGUGCGGAUGGAUGCUUUCGUCGACCCGAAUAUGCGCAAUGGCGUUCUUUACGUCCCUGCCCCUCCGCCCGUGGUCGCGACUCAAGGUCCAAGGCGACGGCGCGUGGACAGCAAUCUUAGCACGUCUACCGUGGACAAGCGCAGGGCAGGGUUUGUCUUUGACGAGAAUGGCACGGAUCCGUUCAAGGGCUUCUAAAGUAAGAGCCAUGUAUAGCGCGAAGGCCUAAGUUCCAAUUUUCGGUUGUAAGGGCGUAUGUAGGGGUGGAAGCAGCUUGCGAGCGAUCGCAUGGUUCGGCUGUAUAUAUUGUACCUUGAAUCGUACACUGUGUUCGAAUGCAUAGCACCCGAUCGAGUCAUUUGACUCAACUCAAACACAGUGCUACAGUAGCCAACAGCCCACACCACAUCGUCUGAAUGGUUUAAAUACACAGCAAUAGCAAAGCUU